GUUUCACACGUGAUGACAUUCCUAAAUUAAUUUAUAUAUGGUGUAGUAUUUUAUUUAGUGCAACUGAAAAACGAGAGAAAUUAAGAAAGAAGAAGACAGCAAAAGAUGAAUCCGGAAAACGGAGGAGGGCAGUGUGUAGAGGCGGUGGACGGCAAGCAGUUCGAUGAUCUGUAUAAGGCGACAAUGGAGAACCGAUGGAGCCAAGUGUUACAAAUUCUCAAGGAAAACAACACCCUUCACCACACCAAGCUGACCAAGUCACUGGAGACGGCUUUGCACGUCGCAAUCUCCACUUACCAUCCUAAAACACCCUCCUCCCACCUCACGCACAUGAUUCAACUCAUGAAGAGCAGUGGCACGCUAGCCACCGUGCUGGCGACGGAGAACCAGAGAGGAGACACCCCUCUCCAUCUCGCGGCUGCCGUUGGAUGCCUACCCAUCAUCGACAGCCUCCAGGAACAGGAUCUCCUCCAGCCCCCCCUCCACAGUCGGAACAAAAAGGGGGAGACGCCCUUGUUCCUGGCCGCUCUUCACGGCAACCUCGCUGUUUUCCGCCGUCUGCACAAACUUAAGCCCCAAGACGAGUCUCUCGCCCGCAGGAAAGAUGGAAAUACCAUCCUGCACAAAGCUAUUUUCGAAGAAAACUUCGAAUUAGCUUAUGAGAUCAUUUGCAAGUAUUCAAAGAUGGUGAAGUCUAUAAAUGAAGAUGGAGAAUCUCCCCUCCAUGUCUUGGCCAAGAAACCGAAUGUGUUCAAAAGCAGCUCCCAUCUUCGAUUCUAUGACUCCAUCAUUUACUACUGUGUGUUUGUUGAAAAGUUAAACGAUGAAAAGUUCAGCAACGGAAGCCCAGAUGAUUCGACGGCAGCUCCCUUGGAAACUAAGCUUAAAUAUCCAGACAACUACACAACAUGUGUGAAAAUCUUUCUAAUUAUUCGAGAUAGUAUUAUUGUAAUCUUCAAGAAUAAUCGACCCAGUGAUGAAGAAAAUCAGUAUCACCAACAAAAAAGAGCUCUAAACUCAGCUAUUGCCAAGGGAAAGAAGGGAUACAGAAGCUAUCAUGAUUUAUUUCCUGUCAACUACGAUACUUGCAUAGAUCUUUUCAAAUUUGCAAUGAAGGUCAUCCUUAUUAUCCUUGGAGUUGGAUUUUGGAGGGUACAUAAGAUAAACGAAAAGAAGAAACGAUACCUAAAUGCGAUGGAUGUUUUGGAUAAAAUGUUGGAGGAUGAAUCAGGAUACAAAUAUGAUAACAACGGUCAACGCCCUCAACUUGAUCCACAAGAAGUUUCUGGAAAAAUCGAAAUCCCCAAAGCGCCGCCUCAGUUUGAUGUUGAUGAUAACACAAUAGCUGCGCCAACAUCUUCAUCCAAUCCUCCUCCUCACUCCAAUGCUCAAAACAAUCAAGGUUCACAACUUCAAUUUUCCACUAUUCUCACUUGUUGCGGAUUCAACACCAAAGAAAUCACAAUUGCUUUAACAAAGCAAUGA